CGAUUAUUUUCGACAGAUAGCUAUAGUCAACUUUACCUUUAGGUAAAUUUUAUAUUUAUUUAUUCCAUAGACAAUAUAAAAUGUCGUAGUUAAUUAAUUAGGCCAUACAAAUUUAUCUUAAGUAAUUAUAAAUAAAAUUUAACAAUUGUCGUCAACAAUAAAUACAACUGGAUGAGUGACAGUUGAUAAUACUUGAGUUGUCACGUUUACUUUGAAAAUACGACAUGUUCUGGCAGUAUAAAUUAAAUUCAAAAAGGAAUCAAAGUUUAGUCUAUCUAACAUCUACAAAUACAUCAUCAUCAUCAAAGUCAACGUCAUCAUCAACAAUAACAACAACGGAAACAAAUUCUGGAUGUAAUAUUAUUAAAGAAAGACAACGACCAGUUUGGUUACAUUUAAUAGCAAUAUUUUUUUCAAAAAGAAUGCUAUAUGCUGCAGUACAGUAUGGCAUAUCAGUUGGUGUUAUGAUUCACUAUCACGCACGUUUAGGUUUUCAUUUAUUAUUAUUAGCUGCGUGUAUGGAACACGUUUAAUUAUUACUAAUUAUUACCACUUUUACUAUUUUAAUUAAUUUAAUUAAAUCUAAUAGUAAAAAUAACAAUAUCGCAGUAAUAUUUAUAAGUUUAUUAUUUUAAAUGUCAAUUAUAAAUGUUAUUUUAAUUUUAAAACGUGUGAUUAAUUAAUUAACUAAAGUGAGGUAUUGAUAUAUAAAUAAACAAAAAAAAUUUUAAUAAGUAAAAAUGUUAUUGCCAUUAAGAAGAGUAGUGCUGAUAAGUAGAAAACAUAUUAUUAGUACAUCAAAAGUACCAGUAAGAUGGACAUUAGGAAAUAAUUGUUGCCAGUAUCGUGUGUCACGAUCGUUGUAUAUUCAAUCAUCGUCAUCAUUUGUUAAAAUUUAUCAACGUAAUGGAUUGCUCAGGAUUAAUAAUUAUUUUUAUACAACGCCAAAACGUAAUAUAUCACCAGCAGUUGCUUUAUUGAUAAGACCUAUUACAAGAAUCGGUGCAUUGUUGUUCGGUAGAUUUUUUCGAAAAUGGUGGGCACGUAAAACUCCUGAAGAAAAGAAACUGUACAUAGCAUGGGUCUGUAGGCAAAGGCAGAAAAUUUAUGGAGCCUUCGGAUUUUUUGUGUCGGUUCUUUUUAUGUUUUAUUUAAUGAAUAUUGAGGUGGAUCCGCUAACCGGUAGAUCGAGAUUUAUAAGUAUGAGCCCAGAACAACAAAAAGUUCUUGGAAAACUAACUUUUGAAACUCACUUGGAGAUGCACAAAGAUUCAAUAGUACCUACAACGCAUCCAGCGUAUGUCAGAUUAUUAAGAAUUGUAAAUAGAUUAUUAGAAUCAAACAAAGAUUUACCUCAAAUUAAACAAAGAGAUUGGACAUUAUCCGUAAUUAAUUCUGAUGAUCAAAAUGCUUUUGUCUUACCGAGUGGAAAUAUUUUUGUCUUCUUAGGAUCAUUGAAAAUGGCUGAAAAUGAUGAUCAGUUAGCAACUGUAUUAGCUCAUGAAAUAGCUCACGUUCUUUUACAACAUCCAAUUGAACAGAUUUCGAGAAAUUUAAUACAAGAUAUACUUUUGGCAAUACCUAUCGCAGUAGUAUGGGCAUUGUUUCCAGAUCUGUUGGCAUUGUUUCUUCAAGCAUUAGGAAUAAAUAUGUUUGAUAUCCUUAUUACGUAUCCGUACAGUAGAAAAUUGGAAAAUGAAGCUGAUAAUGUUGGAUUAAUGUUGGCGGCCAAAGCUUGUUAUGACGUACGACAAGCCGUUGUAUUUUGGGGAAUGAUGAGAACUAUGACAGAAUUAAAGGUGACACCUGAAAUGAUUCCCUCCUGGCUUUCAACGCAUCCAGAUCAUGCAGAUCGUGAAAAAAAUUUAACUCAACAGUUACCUUUAGCAAUGGCCGUUAGACAGCAAAAAGGGUGUCCAAAACUAAAUCCAGCUGAUCCAAUAAAAUUUUUCAACGCGCUUAGUAUCAGAGAACGUGAAUAUACUUUGAAAAGAAAAGGAAUCUUGUUUUUUUUCGAAAUGCUCGCAAGUAAUUUAAUAAUAUUCAUACUUUUUGUUAAUAUUUCAAUAAGUUUCUGUUAUAAUAUCGUUUUAAAAAAUGCAAUUAUUGCUCGUAAUCGUGAUUUUUCAUAUUUCGGAUACAGUAUUUUACUUCGAAAGCCCUGGAUGAUUGUGGGAGCACCCAAAGCUAAUUAUUCAUCAGUACCUAGAAGUGCACGAGCUCCUUACGAACCAGGUGCUUCUUAUAGAUGUAAUUUAAAGAGUGUAAAGUGCGAACAAUUUAGGCCAGUUGAUGUUAAUGAUGAGUCAGGAUUUAUUAGUCAAGUUAAUUAUAAUAGUAUAAUUAAAAAAGAGGAUGGUUGGUUUGGUGCAGCAAUGGCUUUAGAUGAAAAUAAUGAUAUUUUAACAGUCUGUGCUCCAAGAACAAUUUUAUCUAUUUUUUCAAUAAUUGAUAAACACUUUAGCAUGCAUGGUGUUUGUUACAGUGGUAAAAUAUCAUCAGGAAAUUUAGAAUUAGAAGAUAAUUUUGAAUCUCAUGAUUUUUUGUCGACUUUUUGGUAUAAUCCUUUGCAUGGAUUUUCUGUACAUUAUGCUAAGACAAUUGGAAAUAAUAAAAAUAAAUCUAAAAUGAUUACUGGAGCGCCAAAGCAUGAAGUCAUCGGUACUGUUCAAAUCAAAGGUCAAAGAACAGCUAUUCUACUUCCGACAAUUGAUGAUUUAACACAAUUUGGAUACGCUGUUACUUCAGGAUAUUUUUUUAACAAAAUUAAACUUUUUUUUGCUGCUGGUGCUCCUGGGUGGAAUCUUAUUGGACAAGUAGGAAUAUUAGAUCCUGAAACAGAUCCAGCAAAAGUAAUAAUGAGUAUAAAAGGACAAAUGGUUGGUGAAUACUUUGGAGCUAGUUUGACAGCUGGAGAUAUUAAUAAUGAUGGGUAUGAUGAUCUUAUUAUUGGUGCUCCUCAUUGGGGAAGUGAUAAUGGAAGAGUUUACAUUUAUUUUGGCAAUACAAAUAGAUUUUUAGAACCACCGAUUAUAAUUAAUGGACCAAUGGAAGACAGUUGUUUUGGAUACUCUAUAACUACUGGUGACAUGGACUCAGAUGGAUAUAGUGAUUUAAUUGUAGGAGCACCUUGGGAAGACAAUGGAGUAGUUUAUAUCUACAACGGUGAUUCAAUAUCUAACAUGGAGACUAAUUUAAAUGUCCAAGUACUCAGAGUUAAAUCAACAGUAAAAACAUUUGGAUUUUCAUUAUCAACUCCUGUCGAUAUUGAUGACAAUGGAUUUCCUGAUAUUGCUAUUGGAGCUUACAAAUCUGGUCAUGCUUUAGUAUUGAAAAGCAGACCUGUCUUGAAAGUUAAUUUAUUUGGUCACUCAUCACCUCGUUCUCUCGAUCGCAAUACCACGAGGUUUCAAUUAACAUUUUGCGUAGAGCAUUUUAAAAAUGGAAAACUUUUCCAACCAUUUGUAGAGAGUUUUAAUUUGACAAUUCUUGUGGAUAAAAAUUUUAAAAGAGUUAAUGAAACGAAAAUAUUUGUCCAGCAUAUUUUCAAGUGGAAUGAUACUUUAGUUACUCUUUGCAUUAAUAAAGAUAUUCAGUUAUUGGAAAGUAAUAAAAAUUUUAUCGAUUCAAUUGAUGUUGAAGUGACUCAUAAAUUUCAUAAUGUAACAAUUUCAAAAGAUAAAGGCGCCGUUGUAUGUGAUCUGUGUCCCAUUGGAUACAAAGGAGUGGAAUCGACUAUCAAACAUUUAAGUAUUCCAUUUAAUACCGAAUGUGGAUUAGAUGAAGUUUGUACAUCUUCAAUAUCUUUAUCUACUAAUUUCAUUGGGCUCAGUGAUAAAUUAACUUGGUUAAUUGGAUCCAAAGACAUAAGCUUAGAAUUAAAUAUUAAAAAUGAAGCUGAGCCAGCGUAUUUAACAUCAAUUAGUAUUGAAUUACCUGAAAAUAUUUAUUUGCGUAGCGUAUUACCUUUUUGUCAAGAAAUUACAGAUGGAGAAAAUUUAAAAGUCACUUGUGAUGUUGAUAAUCCAUUGUUAAUCGGAACUACGAAAACGAUCACCAUAGAUUUAGAUAUGAGUCAAAUAAAUGACGGCAGUUUAAAUGGGACGACUGUAGUCUUUGAUAUCAAAAUAAAUACACGAAGUCAAAAUAAUGGUGACCAACAUAUAUAUGAAUCUCUUUUAUUAUUAAGUGAAUUUGUUUUUAAUUUGCAUGGAAAUGCUAAUGACAAGAACUAUUACUAUUCAACUGAGGAUGAGUCAACAUCAAAUAUUAGUUUUCAGCAUGCGUAUCAACUUCAAAAAACUGGCGAAACUCCGGUUUUGCUAUCAAGACUUACGAUUAAUGUACCUAUUAAAUUACGGGGAGUAGAAAUCGUUACUUUAACGAAUAAGCCACGAAUUUUUAUCUCAGGAAAAUUAUAUAUAUGUUCAACGAUUGGAAUUCCAAUGGUGAAAAAAUCAAUAAAUUAUAGUCCAAUGAUUUUAAAAGAAGAAAUUCUAGAAUAUAAUUUAAAUACCAGUGAAAAAAUAUCAACUAAUAAUUCAAAUUUAAAAAUAAAACGAAGUACUGAUCAACUUCCUGAUAAAUUAAUUCCACUGAUGAUAUCAAAUCCUCAAUCAGAAACGUUAAUAAAUGAGAAUGUACCUAAAAAAUAUUUAAACUGUACGUCAACGGAUGUUGAAUGUGGAAAAAUAAUUUGUGAUAUCGGUUCUCUAAGUAGUUAUCAAGAUACCGGUGGACUGCAGCUAGAUUUUUCAAUUAAUCCUUUACUUUUAUGGAAUAACACUCAAGAAAGUUAUGAAGAGCAAGUUGUUUUUACAACAGAUGCUUUGAUUGAUGUUAUUAAACCUGUAAUGAAAGAAUUUAUUUCCGGUACAAAUUUAAUUACUUAUACUCAUACAAUUAUUUAUAAAAUUGAUAGUAAUAAGAAUAAAUCAAUCAGUAUUUGGAUUAUUAUUGGAUCUGUGUUACUAGGAUUAGUUGCAUUAUUCAUUAUUGCAAUUAUUUUAUACAAGUAUGGAUUUUUUAAUCGCAGUAAAAAAGAAGAACUAGCAGCCCUAAAAAAUGAAACAGACAGCAUGUCAGGAGCGUCGUAAUUAUAACUUUCGUUUAUUUAUAAAAGUACAUCAUUAUUUAUUGACUUUUUCCUUUUUUUGUUAAUAUAAGUAAUUAAUUAAUUAAUUUGUGAAAAUUCA